ACCCCGAUCUCUUCUGUCACAUCUCCCGCAAAAUCGCGCCUUACAAGUCGGCAAUCAUGGAAGCUCUUCGCGCUGCUAUUACGGCAGCUCAACGCGCCGGAACCCUACUUAUGAUGGAAUUCCGCGAUUGGAACAGAGACUGGGUUCAGAAGCGCCUGGAUGAGCUAGAAGGCUUCAGUGAGAUAUGCGACCGAAUAGAUCUCAGUCCCGUUCUCAGGCGCGACCGCGACACUGGGGCCAGUGUGAAACGGUGUGCCGACAGCGUCUCAGAUAUCCAACUUCUUCUGGAGGAAAUCCGCUCCUUCAAGAAGGAUCACACCUUUAGGUAUUCCUGGAAGUCAAUUGUUUCAAAGGAUAUGGAGGAAGAGAUUAUCCGUCUUUUCAACAGACUCCAGAGGGAGAAGGCGUCGUUGGAGUUGCAAAUAGCAGCUGCCAUCUCGUAUGUGAAACCUCAUGAUUAUGUUAUGACUGAGUGA